AGUACAAGAAAUUCCCUCUGAGUGAUCGCGCGGUAAAUGUGACAUAUUCUGAGGCUAUAUUUCGGCUGACUUACGGACACGUCAAAAUGUGGUGAUUGUGACGGGAAAAUCACUGAAAAUUAACUACGCAAAUUUCGCAUGAUAAAAACCGUAAAAAAAAACUGAUGUGAUGUUCUAAAUGACAAACUUUGCAGAAUUCACCAAAAAAUCUGUGAUAAUUGUGGAGACAUCAGUGACAGUUAUUUUAACCAAAUUCUAACCUAUUGAUCACAGAAAUACCCAAAAAAUCACCCAAAACUACCCAUUGAGAACGCACCAAAUAAAAAAAUCACAAAUAUUCAGCGGUGAAAACUCCCUUGUGGAAAUCUUGGUGCGGGGACACAAACCCGCUAAAAGGAAAUCAUCAUUUUCACCGACGGGAACAAGUUGGGACCCGCAACAGCGGGACGAGGAAUGUUCUGCUAUCACUGUCCACCUGCACUGCAUCCCACAGGACCACAUCCACCUCGACUACCAGCCCUGGACUAUCCCUUUGCACCCACACAUCCAUACACAAGUUAUUCCUAUCAUCCAGCAAUUCACGAUGAAACCUUCGUCCGACGGAAACAGCGACGCAAUCGAACGACUUUUACGCUGCAGCAAUUGGAAGAAUUGGAAACAGCAUUUGCCCAGACUCACUACCCCGAUGUCUUUACACGUGAAGAUUUAGCAAUGAAAAUCAAUUUAACAGAAGCAAGAGUUCAGGUUUGGUUUCAAAAUCGCCGAGCAAAGUGGCGAAAGGCGGAACGGUUGAAAGAGGAACAGAGAAAGCGCGAAAAUAGCGGUGAAGCACCCAUUUUGCCGGAUAAAAUUGAGAACAGUCGGGACUCCUCGCCAGACAUCACUGGGGAUCCAGAUGACGACCGAAGGAGCUCCAGUGUUCCACCUCUGAGUCCUCGAGUGGACUCCGAAUCCGAGAGACCCCUAUCUUCGUCUCAUUUAACUCAAUCUGUUUCGCAAUCGGGAUCAGGAGGAAGUGCAGGAUCACCGUCUCCUGGAUUGAGCCGAAUGUCGCAACAUUCAGCCGCUAGUCCUACAACAUCCCAAGCAUCAGAUUCCCCAAUUGAGGUGGGUGGACCAAUUUCCCUAACAACCACCCGUUCUGUAUCCCUGACAACACCAUCCUUCGGCAAUAGCAUCUUCACCAGCUUCAGUGACACAAAUGGCGGCUUCCGGCCCGUGUUGGACAAUGGAACCCCGAGAGCGACUCCACCAAUAUUCUUGCCACCCCAUUUGGCAUCCCUGAGCUCCCAAUUCGCCCCUCCACUCUUCCCCGCCCUCAAAGCAUUUCCCGGACUCUGUUCUUGCUGCCCCAUCAAAGCACCGAAUAUUCCCUCAUCAACUGUUGCCUCCUCGGCAGUUUCUUCCGUUUCCUCUGCCAUUUCGUCAGCAGUAACGACCCUUUCGAGCACAUCCCUCCCGGAUCCCCGUUCCAGUUCCGUUGCUGAACUCCGACGGAAGGCCCAGGAGCACUCAGCUGCUCUUCUGCAGUCCCUGCACGCCGCUGCAGCUGCUGGACUUGCUUUUCCCGGGCUCCAUCUCCCGCCCCUGUCCCUCCACAGCGCCCUGCAUGGCCGCAAGACCGACCUUCUGGCUGAUCUGCCCAGUAUCGGUCACAACAACAACAACAACGACACCCCAAUGACUCCUGCAACACCCCUGCAGCUCCCACAGCCGCCAAACGGAGUCAUCCCGACCACAACAACUCCAGACAAGACCUCAGGGGACUGAGAGGGAGAUUGAGAGCCCGAAUUCGAAUCGGGAUACUCGGAAACUUGACAACUUGGGACACACUCUUCGAGCAGGUCAUUAAAGAAGGUUUUAGUCGAUGAAAAACAUGAGCAUUAGUCAAAGCACCAAAGAAAAUAUUGCGGAAUUUUUUCAUUAGGGUAAAUGUUCUAAUUCAAAACCAUUUCCAGACGCUUUAACUUUGACAGAAGAUUCAACACAUUAAAUUCAAAUUUUUUCUGGAGAGAAUUACAUAAAUUUGCUCCUUGACUCUUCUAAAAUGUUACUGUUUAGUGAAAAUUCUUUAGAUAUAAUUUGAAAACUUCUUAAAUACAAGAAAAAUACGCAAGCGUAAAAUGCUUCUAUUGGAAACAUAUUAAUCCAAAUGGAGACAAGGGCAUUUUCUAAUUGGAGACAAACAGUGUAGGAGAGCAGGAUUUGUUCUAAUAAGAAAAUCUCUCAAAAAAAAUCGUAUUUCCAGGAUUUCCUUUUAAAGCACUUGCAGACGCUUCAGAAAAACCCUUUUUGUUCACGAAAUAGGUAAUUAUUUCAUUUGAAAACUUCACGUACCUUUAACAAUAAAGAUUAGCACUUAAUUUAACUAAAAUUAGCCAGAAAUAUGACAUAAAUGUUAAACAAAACGAAUAAACCACAGUCAAUUUAUUGUGUUUUUCACUGGAAAACAAAGUCUAUCGAUAAAAAAUUCAAUGGUGAAAAGGUACACUUUUAAUUUUUCUGAGAAAUUAACAAAUUAAAUUUGUGAAUAUUAAUGGAUUUUCGCUUUUUUUGGAGCAAAAUUAACUAAAUAAUGAAACUGUGGUAUAGAAAAUAUUAAAAUAUAGCAAUUUAGUACUGUAUUUAUCAUGAAAACAGUGACGUUUCCAUUUGGAGUAGCGAAAAAUUUCCAUUUGGAGCAGGUUUUGAAUUAGCUUAAUUUACCCUAAGUAUUUUUU